AUGCUGGGCUCUACCACUCCAGCAACCCAACACACCACCACAUCCGAGGCGUCAUUUCAAUCUUUCCGCAAUGUCUCCGCCUGCAAUCGCUGCCGUUUGCGCAAGCAUCGCUGUGACCAGCGCCUCCCGCGCUGCGAACCUUGUGAGAAAGCAGGAACGCGCUGCGUCGGCUACGAUCCGCUAACGAAGCGAGAGGUCCCGCGCAGCUAUGUGUGUUUCCUUGAGAGUCAAGUCAAAUAUCUCAAGCAAAUUUUGAUUGACCAUGGUAUCGAGUUCAAGUGUACCAUGCCCUUUGAUGAGAAGGAAACAUCGCGGUCGGGCAUCACUGGGCAUGUUUUACCACAAAGACAUGAAUUUUCAUCUGAGAAAGUUAGAGCUGAGGCUCGGCUUGAGCGAACAAAGGAACAUGCCUCGCUUAAGAGAAAGUUCAGUUCCCCAGCCGAGAACAAUAUACCUCCACGACAAUUGAAGCGCGUCUUGCAGCUAAACUUGAUUCUCAAGGACCUGCUCACGGAGAGCUUUGCACCUUACCAUUGCGACAGAGAGCAUGUGCAACCUUCUCCCCGAUCACCUGUCUCCACGCAAGCCAGGCAGGGUAUCCCCAUUCCGCACGAGCCGUGGUCAACACCAGAACUGAGCGACGGCCACGCAAGCUCUGAGUCGAGUUCUGGGUCUCCUGAAUCAUUACAACACUUGGACGACUCGGUCUUGUCGCAGAAUGUUCCCGUUAUGAAUGAUGAUUUCCAUUUUAAGGGACCAUGUACACCAGAGAGCAAUUCUGCGGCCGACUUUGACUCGAUGGAUUUUAAUUCGGGUACCCUUGAAACAAAGCCGCUUAUUAGCACGAGCUUUCCAGCCCCUUCCCAAAGAAUUUCAGUGAAGCCAAUUGUUUCCUCUGAGCCGAAACAAGCGCAACCUAGUCCUGAGAUAAGAUUUGAUUUUCCCUCUGAUCUGGAUCAAAGCCAGAGCGAUCAAUCCACUUACGAUUUGCUGGAUGAGUUUUUGAUCGGCUGGGAUGAAGACCGGUUGGGGAUGGACUAG